GCAGAGCAGCAGCGCCAAGUCAAAUCGAAUAUUUUUCCGCAGAGAAACAAACGGCGUAAACUGCUCUGGAGUUGUGCUUUCUCCUCCUGUUGUAACUCACAACAAAGGACCACACAAGGAAAUACCCAUUACUCUGACGUGGUCGAGGCUUCACCAUGGAAAACGUCGCCGUUUCAAGACGAAACCACACCUAUAAGAAAGGAAACAAGGAAAAUGCUCAGCCUGUUCAUGGAAGCAAGUCUUUAAUCAGAAGAGACAAACCGUCUGUUACUCCCUUCCAACUGACAAACAAGAAAGAGGAAAUCUUGGCAGUAAACGGCCCCCUUAAAGCCAAGGCAGACACAAAGUCAGCGCCUGUUGAUGUUCUGAAAAAGACUGUGCAGAAAGAUGGAAAGGGAGCCACUGCUGCUGCUGCUAAUGUCAAACAACAACAAACACACAGCCGAGCCUUCCUCACCGAACAGGCUGUGAGGCACAAAAAAAUAGUUGCUGAAGCUCCAAAGCCCCCAGCCCCUGUGCCAUCAUCAAAAUCAGCUCUCGGCAUGUACAAAGGCAAGAUUGUCCAGUCAAAAAUUGGGUCAAUUUGGAAAUCAGCUAGCACCACUGCCAUGGCAGAUCCCAAACCUGCAGCAGCUAAAACAGAGCACCAAAGGGUUGGAAAUGCAACCAAACGCAGGUCCAAAUCUGUCGCUGACCUUCCCAGGCAUAUCGCACAAAAACCUGUGCCGACAAGGUCCAAGUCAGUGUCAGAUAGAUCUGCGCAGGUGUCCAAGCCUGCUGUCACCAGCCGCCCUCCUGCUAGGUUCUACUCUGCUCGCCCUCCUGCCAGAACCGUCCCAGCAACACUAGCCAGUACCAGCUCCAGAAACGCUAAAGUGGAUCCCACCAAGAGAAGUGGGACUCAAGACUCAAAGCCAAAGACUACAGCGACAGAAAAGAAGGUCAACAAACCUGUCUCAAGUGCCAGCAGUCAGUACAGAUAUACAAUGGAGACUGCAGAGGAAAGAAGAGCGAAACUGGCCGAGUGGAUGGCCUCCAAGGGCAAAACUUUCAAGAGACCAGCCAUGACAACAGAACCCGCUAAAACCAAAGCCUCUGCAAAACCUGAAGCUGAUCUCAAACCACAGCCUUGUGUUGAGCCGCAGCCGCCUACACAGCGCAACCCUGAACCUGAACCCAGACUGGAAGCACACAUGCCAGACUCUGUCACCGCUUACUGUGCAGAGUUACCAACAUGCAGCCAAACUCCAGGGAUCAUGAACACCACUCUGGACCUGCUGGAAAACUCUGACACAGAUCCGCUUGUUGAGCCACAGGACAGUGUGGAUGAUAUCGUCGUGAACCUGUGUGAUGCUUUAGAGGCCAUGGAGACACCCUCUAGAUGUGAUGAUGAAAUUUCCCAGGUGACAGAUGUGUGCAGUGAUGUUGAAAUGGAGGACAACAAACCAAAUGAUGACUGUGAAGAAGAGGAGCUGAAGAAGGAAGUGCCUGAGGAUGUUAGCGAGCAGCCAAAGGUUGAGCAAGUGAAGGAUGAAAAAGAAGAAAGUGUUGACGAUGUGGAGACAGAUGAUGAUGAUGAUGAUGAAGUGGAAAGUGAUGAUGAUGAGGGUGUAAUGAAGACCACACCACAGAUGGAGAAUGCUUCAGUAAUAAAAUACAGUGUGAAGACUACUCCAUACCUGCAGAGUGUGAAGAAGACGAUCGAAGAUGAGGUCAGCACAAGCACAUCCCGGAAAAAGAGCAACAUCAAAGACCUGAAGUUUCUGACCCCGGUGCGCCGCUCCAGCCGCAUCCAUCGCAAAUCCUCCCGCCUGCCCGCGAUGCUGGUCGAUCAUGAUCCCUGUGUGUCGUCACUGGCCGAGCUGGUGAAGCUGGACGACGACGCGAAUGCCUACAUCUACAGGAAAAAUGAGGCACUUCUGGAAGAUUUGCCAGACCAGCCCAGCCAGUGAGGAGCUCUGUAAAUGUGUUGUUUAAAAAAAAUCCUACAUGUAUGGGACUGGAACUAAUGGACACUUUAUACUGAUACUCUUAAAUGUUUUUUAUUAAUCUGAAUGAAGACUUUUACUGUUGUUUUAUUGUACUGGGAGGGACUUUGCCUUAACACUGUUCAUUAAGUUGACAUUUAUUGCCAAACGCACUACAAUAAAAGAAUUUUGCCUUAUGCUUUUAUUUGA